GUUCAAUCGGUACCACGUGUCUGUCAAUGCAGUGACUGUAGUAAGUAUUUCCAAAUAAUUCAUAAUAUAUUUUCUAUCACUGUACUGCUAUUCAGACCUCUGUGAAAGGUACACAUGAAGACUCAGUAUUAUUAAUACCAUUAAUAGCAGUUUGCAGAACCUGCAGACUGAUAACAAGAAUAAUCAUAAUAAUAAAAGUAUUUAACCAGGAAAUACUGGUUAUUAAUCACUAAUAAUAAUUAUUAUUACUUUCAGUAUUUGUCUCUGCUGAAUAAGUGAGAUUAUUAUUAUUAAUUGGCAUCAAUCUGCUUAAUAUGAUAGAACAUAAUUACUAGAAGUCUGCUUUUUUGUGUAAAUGUAUUACGGCAUUUACUAAAGUGAGAAUGGGAAUUCAGGGAGAUUUUCAAAAUUUAGAAAAAUUCAAAUUUUCAGGAUUUGUAAUUUACUUUGAAUUCCCAGCCAUUCUCACAUUGGUGAAUAACUCUGACAGUAGUUAGAGGAAGAAUAGCGUUAGAUUACAAAUGUGUAUUCCUAGUGCUAUAGUGCGUUAAUUGCCAUUUAGGUGACCAGGUCCCCCUGUGAGGAUUAAAAGUGAACUCCUUGAGACUUAACUUACCAUGUUUCCCAUGCAACACUACGCUUUCAGUGGCUUUACCUGCUGAGAUCACCCCUAUCACACAGGAAAGCAUUGGUAAGCUGGUGCUCAUCAGAUGGGCUCUCUGAGACUAUGAGACUGAAGAGUUUGACUCUGCUAAUUCGUGGAAGAACCUCAUGUAGCUGUCAUAUUGACAGCCCCUAGAUAGAAGCAGGUUAGUCAUGCAAAGUAAACAUUGCCGGUUUUAUAGAACAGCAAUGUUUUUACUUGCAGUUUUAAAAUGGGAGCACGUCAGUAUCUCAGAAGAUAUGAAGGCCCAUUGAUUUGUGUGUUACAAUGGAACAAGGCUGAGUAUUCAUUACGCAAAGGUAGCACACCAGCCUGUGGGAUAAGAACCCUCCAUUAUGCAGACAUGAAUACAAUAGAAAAGAGAACAUCAUACCUUUCAUGUACUGGAAAAAUAGAAAAAUCUUUAUUCUUAAAUUGAAACUAUAGUGCCUGACUGGUGCUGAAGAGGUUAAAAGAUCCUUAAUCACUUACCUGUAUCCAGCGCUGAUGUCACUCUGUGCUGAUUCAGGCUCAUCCGGCAGGUUCGAAUGCACAUAUGCAGCAUGCACCACAAUCAAAUUAGGACUUCCCCCAUAGGAAAGCAUUGUAUCAUUGUAUGGUAAUUCCUUGAGUACAUGCACAUUCUGAGUUUUGUGGGAUGCCUAGCAUAGUUUGGAGGUGGGAUGUCCAUAUGUGUAGAUUUUACUACUGUGCUGACUGCAUGGCAGCAAACAUCAUCAAGGUCUAAUUUAUGCAUGGUUUAAUGUUUCCUCUAUAAAUAUACUAACAUUUUCCUUAGCACAAUGUAUAGCUGAAACUAUAUUCUCUUUAUGUGACUCCAAGCCAUGUUUCUCAAGACAAAUGUAUUUUAAAAGCAUUGUGUAAUUUAGAUACGAUUUUGUUUUACAUGCAGAUUUUCUCAAAACACCUUGUACUCCAUUUCACAGGUUUUUACUGGGCCUAUACGGAAGGUGAAAGGCUGACUUGGCAGCGAUGUCUAUGGAUGUAACCUUCCUGGGAACAGGCUCUGCUUAUCCAUCCCCGUGUCGAGGUGCUUCUGCAGUUGUAUUUCGUACAGAGGGAGAAUGUUGGCUGUUUGACUGUGGUGAGGGAACUCAGACGCAGUUCAUGAAAAGCCCCCUUAAAGCAGGUCCGUGAGCUCUUGCGAUAAAUCAUAUAAUAAUGUGGCCUUUAGUGUAAUCCUGAGUGACUUUUUUUAAACUUAAUGUAGUGCUUAUGGUGCAGAGACUGUCCCAAUAGUCUAACAAUUGGAAACACUGAAAAGGUGGUGUUUACAGUUGUCCCCAAGGACACCAGACUCAGACAACCAUUAAAGGUGCUUCCUAUAUUGGCCCUGCAAUCUUUUAAUGACAGACGUUUGGUGUCUUCUGGCUGCAAGAAGACACCUUAGAAUGGCAUUGAGUGGAAGCAUUUCUAUGUGGAGAUGCACAUUGGUACAGAACAGCUGCUGCAACACAUUCACAAUAGCCCCCAGGUGCUUUCUUAGAGGGAAGCAUUAAAUUGGUUGCGAUCAUCAGUAAUGAUGUUCUCAGCUGAGAGGUGAGUAGAUGGAUAAAAACAAUUUAUUUCUUUUAGUAAAUAGGAGGGGCCCUGAAUCUAACUUGAUAGAACACUUUAACUUUAGAAAUAAAGGUUUGUAUUUCUAAUGUUAGUGUUUCUUUAACAUUGCUUAUUUAGUCUAAUAUCCAAGUUGCUUUUUAUUUAUAUAUAUAUAUAUAAAAAAGUAAUUAUUACUUUACUGAGAGGGUAGUGGACGCAUGGAAUAGCCUUCCAGCUGAAGUGGUAGAGGUUAACACAGUCAAGGAGUUUAAGCAUGCGUGGGAUAUGCAUAAGGCUAUCCUAACUAUAAGAUAAGGCCAGGGACUAAUGAAAGUAUUUAGAAAAUUGGGCAGACUAGAUGGACCGAAUAGUUCUUAUCUGCCGUCACAUUCUAUGUUUCAAUCAUACACUGAAAAGUAAAGAUAGUUUAGAUGGAACUAGGAUAGAAUACCUGGCUGUUAGUACAGGAAAAGUAGACGAUGGGGUGAAUGUGUAAUGGUGAAAUUGCAUGGUAAAAUGUAAAGAGGUCAAUUAGGGUUAACUGAGAGGGGGUUGAUUUUGGCCAUGCCCCAAAGAAGUGGUCUUUAAACCUAAAGAUAGCAUAUCAUAGAUUCUUUACCAUGUGCUACGUGCCUGCUUAAUAAACUUUCAUGACAUGCUGAUGGCACAGCUGUCCCCCAGCGUUACCAAGAUCAGCAGGUGCAACCUUUACUAAACCUAAUCGGAUGUCAGAGCCCACACAGCCAGUCUGGCUGCUUGAGAUUUAGUCAAUUUCAUCAUAGUCCUAAAAAUAAAUCUGUCAGCAAGUGUUUUAUUUAAAUGUGCAUUACAUAUCUGGCUUAAUGUAAAAGAAAAAUAAAUCAUGGAGUGCAGUUACAAAUCUAGAAAUUGUGGAGAAGAGACAAGAAAAAUUAUGUAUUUAGUUAGGCUAUUUCAGACAAAAUGUGCAAUUCUCUUGUCCAUCGUCUGCCAGUGAAUAAUCUGGAUAUGUAAAUCAAAGCCCAUGUGAUUUUUAAUAGAAACUAUAUUGCUUUAUGUAUAUGGAUCAUGGAAUUAUAUUAGUGCAUGUGUGUUUAUUUUUUUUAUUUUUUUUUAUUUGCAUUUUAUAGAAUUCACAGUCUUAUUACAGGUAUACAGGGUAUGUGGGUUACAGUCACUUUUACAGCAUAGAGAGAAUACAAUAUAGUGAGCAGCAUGCAUUGUCAAAGUAACAACUUAACUAUACAGUGAUGAUACUUGUGUUGAGCAUUCAUGUAGUGGUGACAUUAGAGUUACACCUUUAAGACAAAUAGACAACUCAUUCUGACAUUGCUAUUGUACCCAUGUUUGUGUUGCUCUCUUUCUUGUCCAAUGGGCGUGAUAGUGAGAGUUGUCUUUCCACUCCGCCAGUCUUGGUAAGUGCUUAGCUGUGAAGUAACCCCCAUCUCCCUGGUGCUCAACUACUUUUUCGGUGAGAAAAUUACGAACUUGGGGGGCAUAACCUGGGUAUAAUACAGGGAAAGAGGGGGAGGUGGAGGAGGGGGGGGCUGUGUUGAUCCCUCAGUCUAGCCCAGCAUAUAGGCCGAUUCUUCGGCCCUAAGAAUUUGCGUCAGAGUAUUCACCCAGCUUUAAAGGACCACUAUAGUGCCAGGAAAACAUACUCGUUUUCCUGGCACUAUAGUGCCCUGAGGGUGCCCCCACCCUCAGGGACCCCCUCCCGCCCGGCUCUGGAAAGGGGAAAGGGGUUAAAACUUACCUUUUUCCAGCGCCGGGCUGGAGAGCUCUGCCUCCUCUCCUCCUCCGAGCAGAGUUGCCAAAGCUGAAUGCGCUGCAGCAAGCUGAGCUGCGCUUCGGGUUCCUAUAGGAAAGCAUUUACAAUGCUUUCCUAUAGACGCUGCGGCUCACCGUGAAAAUCACAGUGAGAAGUAUAUCGUUAAAGCGUCUAGUGGCUGUCAAUGAGACAGCCACUAGAGGAAAUAGGGGAAGGCUUAACCCAUUGAUAAACAUAGCAGUUUCUCUGAAACUGCUAUGUUUAUUUAAAAAUGGGUUAACCCUAGCUGGACCAGGCACCCAGACCACUUCAUUAAGCUGAAGUGGUCUGGGUGCCUAGAGUGGUCCUUUAAGUAGUAAGAGGUGGUGUGUGGGCUCCCUUGUAUUCAAAGAUGCGGUGCUGAGAAGGGGUGCGUAAUAUCCUUUCCCUAAAGCAUCGUUCUGUGGAUUACAGCGUAAAAGGUGUUUUGAGUGUUGAAGGUUUCACCGUUUUUUGUUGAUAUGUGUCCCAUUUUUCCCACGCCUCCUUCCAGAAUUUUUGUGGUGGAUUAUUGGAUCUGGCCAUUAUCUCGUACCCCUUUAUGGUUUCAAUGUGUGUUAUGCAGCUCUGUAUGCUGGGGUCGUCUGCUUUUGCCAGUGUUUGCUGAUCUGCAGCAGAACUGCCAAGAUAAUGUGAUACAUUAAAUAUCGAGACGAUUUUGUGUGGCUUGGAGGCAUAUACUGUAGAAGAUAAUGCUCAGGAGCAUGUGCGAGAGCUACACCUGUAGUGUUUUUAAUUAGAGCCUGUGUGUCCGUCCACAGUGGUGUCAGGACCAGGCAGUCCCACCAUAUGUGUAGCAUGGUGCCCUGGGCUUUGUUGCAUCUCCAGCACAGUCCUGUAUUCUUAGGUAUCAUAUGUUUUAGACGGGUUGGUACUAAGUACCAGCGGUAUAAUACUUUCCUGGCUAGUUCUAGAUGGGCUGUGCUGAGUGUGAGUUUCUUAUUCUCAUACAGUAUAUAUGACCACUGCUCUUUUGUUAACUGUCUUCCUAGUUCCGCUUCCCAUGCUUUUACAAACUGUAAUGUAUGUGGGUCUAGUGCUCGAUGAUGGUGAUUGUACAGUGUGGAGAUUAGCUUAAGUGGUCUUUUCGUCUGUGUGCAAAGACUUUCUAAUUCAGUGAAAGUGCCCCAUCUGUCUCCUGCAGGAAGUACCUUUUUAUUUUUCUGCAACCAUGAGUGUAUCUGUCUGUGCGCAAAUGCUGCUGCGUUGGGUAAUUGGUGUGUAUUUUGCAGUUGUCUGAAGGGGAUGACCUCUCCCUGAUCAAACAACUGAUGUAAGUAUAUCAGAUCCCUACUGCUCCAGGAUGCCAUGUUCAAUGAGGGUAUUAGUCCAUAAAAGGAAUCUAGGAGUAAGACUGGAGAGAGCUCCCUAUCGAAUCCCUGUUCUUUGUGAAAUCUGUCCCAUUCUCGUAAUGUUGUGGCCGUGAGUGGUGACAUAUCGUUAUACUUUUUCCUGAGCUGUGGUGGAGUCCAGGCCAGGUGCGUUAUGUGUUGUCCCCCAGUGAGCUCUGCUUCUACGGUUACCCAAGGUGAUGGUGUAUCAUGCUGGUGUAAUUCGUUGACCAGCGGUGCAAGUAUAGCUGAUCUGUAGUACGUGGCUAAAUGUGGUAAUCCCAUGCCCCCUCCUUUGUAUGUGCGGUACAUGAUGUUUGCCGCUAUUCUGGGUUUCUUGUGUGACCAGACAAAGGUAUUAAUCAAUUGUUGUGCGUCGUGAAGAAAUUUUUUUGAGAGCCUAACUUGUAAUGUACGAAAUAGGUAUUGCAGUCUCGGGAGGAUUUUCAUUUUGACUGCCGCUAUCCUACCCAUCCAUGAUAUGUAUUUCCCUUUCCAAUCUGUUAGCUGCUGUUUUAUGGAUGUAAGGAGUUUGCCAUAAUUCUCCCGAUGUAAGUUCCUCUCUAGUUUCGUAAAUUUUAUGCCUAAGAAAGUUAAGUGGUCUUGUCUCCAUUCAUAAUGGUAUUUCUGUUGCAAGGCUGUAUAUAGCGACGCGGGCGUAUGUAGACUCAUUGCCUGUGUUUUAGAGCUAUUCAAUUUGUAAUACGAGCAGUUGCUAUACUGCUGUAACAGAGUCUGGAGUUCUGAGAUAGAGGUGAGUGGGUCAGACAAGGAGAGCAUAACGUCAUCCGCAAACAUCGUUAAUUUGUAUGUUUUAUGUUUAAUUUUCACACCUCGGAUUUUGUUGUUAUCCCGUAUCGCCUGGGCCAAUGGCUCUAGCGCAAGGAUGUAUAGGGCUGGGGAGAGCGGGCAUCCUUGCCUCGUUCCAUUUGUGAUAAGGAACGGCUUGGAUACAAACCCGCCAUUAGCUACUUGUGCCGAUGGUGUGGAGUACAGUGCUGAGAGUAGGGAUAGGAAUUGUUGUGGGAAUGCAAAUUUUUGUAGUACAGUUCUCAGGAAGUUCCAGUGUAGUCUGUCGAACGCCUUCUCGGCAUCCAGGGACAUAAAGACCCUGGACUCUCCGGGAGGCGUCCCACUGUAUAGAAGGCUGUGGAGUUUCCUAGUGCCGUCAGUUCCCUGACGCCCCUUCACAAAUCCCACUUGAUCCGGGUGCGUAAUAAAAGGGACAAGGGCCGCUACACGAUUGGCGUAUAUUUUAGCUAAGAGUUUUGUAUCUGUGUUUAACAGUGAGAUAGGCCUUAAGUUUUUUGGUUGCGUAGGUGGUUUCCCUGGCUUUGGUAGCGUGGCUAUGUGCACUAAUAGCAUUUCUGAGGGCAUCUUCCCUGUGUGUACAAUAUGGUUCAGUGUAUGUACUAGAUGUGGGCUCAGGAUGCUCGAAAAGACUUUGUAGUAAGUGUUCGUGAAGCCAUCUGGGCCGGGUGAUUUCCCUGAAGGGAGUGUACGGAUAGUUUGCUGUAGUUCUUUCAGUGUAAUCGGUUCUAUCAGGGAGUCCUGCUGUUGUUGUGUUAAUUUUGUCAAUUUUAUCUGCGAGAGAAAGUUGUCAAUUUCAACUUGUGUUGGCUGAUGCGUUUGGGGAUCCUUUGUUAAGUUGUACAGGUUUUGGUAAUAGGCUGCUGUUUCUUCAUUGAUGUCUAGGGGGUUAUAUAUUUUCCCUCCUUUGCUGGUGAGUAAAUAUGGGAUUUUGGAGUGGGCUUGGUGAUGUCUCAGCAAAGAUGCUAAUUUUUUCCCCGCUCUGUUCCCGUGGGUGUAAUGUUUCAAUUUGAGUGUUUGUAGGGUGCGUGCUGUUUUUUGAAGUAGGAGAUCAUUUAAUUGUUUAGUAAUUUGUUCUAUUUCAAUGUGAAGGCCAGGAGUGGGGUGUAGGAAUUGGGCUGCAUUUAAGUCACGCAAUUUGGUCAGUAGGGUAAGACGCGCUUGUUGAGAGGUCCUGUUUAGAAAGGACGCUCUGCUAAUGAGCUGACCUCUAAUGACUGCUUUAUGAGCCUGCCAAGAGGUGGUAGGUGAUAUGUCAGGCUGAUUGUUAAGUUGGAAAUAUUUAUCUAUUUCAGUUUCCAAUUCCUUUUUAAAAGUAUCGUUAUAUAGGAGGGUGUCGUUCAGUCGCCACGGGGCUUUCCCUCUGUGUUUGUAAGUGUCCUGGGUUAUGAGGGUCACUGGAGCGUGGUCUGACCACACUAUGUCCCCUAUACUACUCUGUACUGCGGAAGGUACCAAAUCUCUUGACACCAGUAUGACGUCUAUUCUGGAGUGGGUUCCAUGCACCUUGGAAUGGAAAGUGUAAUUUUUGUCAUUCGGCUGUUUCGUUCGCCAUAUGUCAUAUAAGUUAUGGUCAAGUAAUAGCUUAGUGAUGGCUUUGCAUUGUGGUAUUAAGGAUCUAUGUCUAGGAGUAGAGGGAGACACUGUCGUGUCCAUAGUCGGCUGGAGAAUGUGGUUCAUGUCACCGCAUAUUAUGAUGCCAGAUUUGUGCUCUUGGGGUAGUUUGCUCAGUACUCUAUGCAAAAAAUUGCGCUGGUUGGAGUUUGGGCUGUAUAUGCCUACCAAGGUAUAUAUGGCUCUGUUAAUUUGACAGUGGAUUAUUAAAUAUCGGCCUUGUGCGUCUGUUUUGACGUUUAGCAGUUCAAAAGUGAGCGAUUUGUGAAACAGGAAGGACACUCCUCUAGUUUUGGAAGAAUAAGUCGUGUGAUACUGCGUCGGAUAGUCCUGUUUCCCAAAUUCUGGUAUCCUCCCACGCACAAAGUGCGUUUCCUGAAGGCACAUAAUGUCUAUCUUAGCUGUCUUAGUUUCCUCUAAUAAAACUCUACGUUUAUGAGGGGUGUUCAGCCCUCGUACAUUAUGUGAGUAUAUUUUCAUAAUAUGAUGUUAUGUGGAUUCGUCGCUGAAUUUGCAGUUUACUUCUUAUCCUAUCUUCCUUUCGUAUGGGUAUGUCGAUUGUGCUUAUAUCGGGCAAGGAUGCCUCUGUGGGGGCGAUCGCGAUCAUAGCUGGUGUGGGCAAUAGCUUGGGCUUUCUCAUCCAUGCGGGACUAGUUUCAAGGACAUGGGGAGGUGUUAACCGGGUAAUAACAAAAACAAAGUAUUUACAUGUAUGAGUCUUGGUACUGGUGAUGAGUACCAUGGGGGUGGAAACUCGCAUGUUUCCGUGUCGUGGCUAUGGGUCUUCCGCUGUCUCCUAAUCUUUGGGGACGAUCGGUCGCAUUAGGUCACCCAUGUAUCAAGUACUAAGUAAUAAGAGUCUUAUAGGUUCUUUGGGGAUGUGUACUGCUGAACUAAGAAAGAGGGUAAGUGGUAGUAGGACUAAGAAAAAAAAUUUUUUGUUAGGUCCAUUCGUAGGUUCACAUACUUAUAUAGAUACACAACAUAAAUACACCUUAAUCUACAGCUGGUGAGCGCGUCCAGUAAGGCAGCGUCUUGCUCCCAGUAGCUGGAAGGGCUCGCCAAAGUAACAGGUAUCUAGUGAUUACAUUCUGAACUUGUGUUAUAUCAUUUAUAUCAGCUUAUCAGACUCCCCCUCUUGCAGUGUCGCUGUGUGCUCCGGGCUGUCAUUAGUGGAGCCGCCAUCUUGCGACCAGGCCCGAGCCUCCUCCGUCUCCUGGUGCUGUUUGCUUCCAAAGAAGUUGAUUUUGUCUGCUUUUGGUGCAUUCUUCUUGCCCCUCUGCUGUGCCAUCUCUCGUUUUUGUGCAGUUUUACCGCCGUGUUGCGCUGGAUGGGGUCAGAUUGCGACCCGUGAUGCCGGAGCGAAAGGAUCACACGUCCAUUUCUCUCGGCGGUUAGCCACGCCCGUGUGUUUAUUUUUUAUCUGAUUUUUUUUUUUCUCUCGAAUGUUUUCAUUGAUUCACACACAAGUGAACGAUAAUUUCCAAGCCAACUAGUGAAUCACUAUAUUUUGGCAUAACAAUUUCCAUUAUACAAGUCAUAGAAUAUAUUGCAGAUCAAAGCAGUGAAUGAAGUGUAAGAUAUUAGUUGUGAAUAUUAAUAUUCAGCCCUCCCAUGUGUUUCUUUCCCCUUGCAGUCUUAAACGAACAGCCUUGAUAGAACAUAGGAUAAGUAAUUUGUUCAGUCGGGUUCUGUUGUGUAUUUUUCUAUUACAUUUUACAUGCCGUCUUACCCAGUGAUGUCUGCCAUGUCAUGAGACUUCAUGCAACAAUUGUUCCAUUUUAUUUUCUGUUGAUCUCCGUCAAUGUUGCAUAGCAGUGAAGGUCUGUGCGACUUCAUGUGAUGCAGUGUGUAAAGACAAAUCGUUAUACAUAUAUGUAAUCAAUGAAAUGAUUGAAGCAUUUCGUUUCAGUAUAAUGUUGAAGCAUUUUAGCCACUCCUGUCCUAUCAGGUCCUGUUCCCAUAAUCAGUACCAAAUGGAACAUUUGCCGUAAUUUGUUUGAAUUAAUAAACUAUCUUAAUAAUACAUAAACCUAUAAUAGAUGAGCUCAGCAAUGGUAAAAAUUUACUUUGACAAAGGCCUACCAGCUGGCUAAUGAUUGUUGGUGUUAAACUGUACUUUUUAAAAAUAAUGUAUUCAGUGAAAAGGCUGCAAUGUAAAUUGGGAUAAAAAUGCCUGAAAAUAAGUCCUACAAAUAUAAUACAAAUACCGGAAAUUUGUCAAGGAAAAACAACGGGGUGUGUGUGUGUAUAUAAUUGUUUCAUGCAGACUGAAUAUGUAUUCAUCAUUUUGCAUGCUUGACUUGACUUUGGAGUCCGUUAAAAAGGUUUGAUCUAACUCUAUACUAGUUGAAUAUUUUCAAAGGAACUGGCAUUGCAAUAUGUCUGGAUCCUAGAAAUGUAAUAUAUUGAUUUAAAUGUUGUUUGGCUUAUAAAUUUCACUCAUAUUAUUAAAUCUGUUCUUGAUAUGUGUUUUCUUAAAAUAUAUAAUAAUUUUUUUUCUUGUGUUCUUUUUAGGUAGAAUAACAAAGAUAUUUAUAACGCAUCUUCAUGGCGAUCAUUUAUUUGGGCUUCCUGGCUUCCUUUGUACAGUAAGCCUACAGUGUGGCUCUACAGCAGUCAAGCAACAUGUUGAAAUCUAUGGUCCUGUGGGCUUGAGGGACUUUGUCUUCAGGAGUCUAGAAAUCUCUCAUUCACAGCUUGCUUUUCCAUAUGUUGUCCAUGAACUGAUUCCCUCAAAAGAUCAAUGCCCUGUAGAAGAGUUCAAGGACUUCUCUAGAUCUGGAAUAGAUAAUGAGAUGGCAUCAGAGGUUGAAGGGAGGACCAUUUGUGAAGAUCCAGAAGAUGGGUCGUACAUGCUGUUCGAAAAUGAACAAUUCACAGUGAAAGCUAUUAAACUUUUUCACCGUAUACCAUCGUUUGGCUUCGUCAUUCGUGAGAAAGAAAGACCAGGAAAACUAGAUGUAAAAAAACUGAAAGACUUUGGUAAUAUUUUCUUUAAUUAUUUCUUGCCUAAUUCUGUUAAUGUAUACAUUUUUAUAGAUAGGUAGAGGGUAAUUCCAUCCCAUAGUGGCUACUAGCAUGACACAAUCUAAGAAUAUUCCUCCUGUGUGUAAGGAGCAGUGCAAAGGACGAAAAGUGUGUGUUUUGUGCUAUUCCACAGUACUGAGUACAGCCAUCGAACAUGUGGAGCUGAGGUGUAAUGAGCAGCUGCACCUUGUUCAUCUUCAAUUUGCAUGCACAAUAGACCAAAACCGGAUGUCUAUAGAGUCUCCCACAAUACGGUGAAAUUCUCCAUAGAAUUUUCAUGGGAUGCGUGAAAAGAAAUGCCUUUUCCCAUACCUCUUGCUGUCCAAUCUAGUCCCACUGAGUAUUUCAUAUAUAUGUUAUCUUUCUGAAAAACUCAAGUGACAAUGUCAGUCUUAAGAAAUCUCACUGCUUACCUUAAAUGUUGGUUUAACUGCAGUUUGUUUGGGUUUUUUUUCCCUUGUAAUUUUUAAAAAAAAAUUUUUUUUUUGCAUUCUUUGUUUGGUUCCACUGCCACUACACAGCAGCAUGGGAGCAGAGGGUCAGAUAACAGGUUCCCUUUUAACCCCUUAAGGACACGUGACGUGUGACAUGUCAUGAUUCCCUUUUAUUCCAGAAGUUUGGUUAAAGAGGAAAAAUAUUUACAGCACUGUUAAUCCUUUAGCCAGUUAACAAGUUAUUAACCUUUCCAGGACUAUCAGCCUGUCAGGAAUAUCACAUGAAAAAAGGAAUUCUCUAACCCUGCUCUUGGAGGGUUACUCCAGCGUCCAUGACCUCUUCUGCUUUUAGAGGUGGUAAUGUACUAAGCAAUCUGUAUGUGCAGUGUUUCUUUUAAAAUGACGCACAUACAGAAACGUUACUUGGGCGUUUUGGAAUUCUGUUUCGGGUUGCUUAAUGUUAAUUCUGUGCAAAUAUAUAUAUAAUAUAUAUAUUUCUUUUUUUUUUGUUGGUGUGUGCUGGAGUGAGAUCUAAUCCAUCUAUGCUAGCAGGCAGCACUGUUAGUACACCUGCAAGUGGAAGCUUGGAUGUCCUCUUCAUCCCAGCCCUUCCUCAUAUGGACAUCUGUAUUUUGGUGACCCAUGUGUUUGCACUUUUCAUAGAAUGUGUAACAUAUUAAAUGCAUUGAAUGCUUUUUUUUUAAUUUUAUUUUAUUUUACUUAAGGAAUUCAGCCAGGACCUCUAUGUGGAAAACUGAAACUUGGAGCUACAGUUACCUUAGAGAACGGCCAAACUGUACAUCCUUCUGAUGUUUUGGGAGAUCCUAUUCCUGGUAGAAAAGUGUGCAUUUUAGGAGACUGCUCAGGCAUUUGCUCUGUGGGUAGUGCAAAGCUUUGUCAGGAGGCAGACAUUCUAAUUCACGAAGCAACUUUAGAUGACACUCAGAUGGACAAAGCAAAAGAGCAUGGUCAUAGCACGCCAAAAAUGGCAGCAGAGUUUGCCAAUCUGUGUCGGGCACAUAAGCUGAUUUUGACUCACUUUAGUCAAAGAUAUAAACCUCCUGGCAUGGUCUCUGAAGGAGAUGAAGACGUUUUAGUCCUAAAGAAGCAAGCAGAGAAUUAUCUACUCAGUCAAGACGUGAUUUUAGCAGAAGACUUUUUAACUAUUACCAUUCCAAUUAAAAAGCAGAAUUAAGAAGUUCUGCUAAGCAUAUUAUAGUACACAAUCUAUCUACCAUCAUUAGUAAACCUUUCAAAGUGGUGCCAAGUGAUUGAACAUUCUUGUGGGACACCUGGUAGAAAAAAUACAAUCUACAGCCACUUCAAGAUACUGGAUCAUAACCUUGUUCUAUGGAGACUACCACGGCAAGUACAAGUACAAAUUAUCAAAAGAACCCAAAAGGCACCACUACAGUUUGAUAAGUAAAUGGUUUCACUGAUUCCUGUUUUGGAGCAGAACAGUUAGUGAUGUAAGAAAUCAAAAGCUUGUCCUGGAUUGUAAAUUUUGAAAUCGUAAUACAGAUGAAACAUCACAGAUCAGUUUUUCCAACCCAAUAGGUAAAGACUGGAAAUGCACAGGUGACAUCAAAGCUGUUACAAAUGAAGUAUACUUACAAUUUAAAUGGAUACUCCAAACACUAAAACAAACAUUUCCUUUGAUAGCUUAUCAACAAUUGUAUGAAUGUAUUUUUAACACAUUAUGAAGCUGCAUCUGCACAACUCUCUCAUUUCUCUUUACAAAUCCACGUAUUUCUCUGCUAUAAAGAGCUGAAUGUUACAUUAGUGAGUGUGUGUGUGUGUGUGUGUGUGUGUGUGUGUG